AUGGACCGGAUUUCAACUGUACGAAAUAUUCCACGCCAAGAACCGGACUCACAUGAAUUAUCAGUCAUUCAAAAUAUAUUCGAAAAUUCUAACAGUGCAUUACGUUCUAUCAGUGUCACUCAUAUUCGUCGAUAUCAUCAUUCGUCAUCGCAGGAUGAAGCAAGUAAUGAUCAGCGCCAUCAAAAACAUACAAAAGAUAUCCGAUCAGAUGAAACAGGUAUGAUCGAAGAUCAUCAUCGAAUUUCGAAAAAACAUCAAAAGAAAAUAUGUUCGCGUCGAUGUAUUAUUGCUUCUAUACUUAUUGCUUUGAUAAUUAGCAUAAUCUUGGCUGUGAUUCUAUCGAUUAUAUUAAUCAAAUCCAAAACUGUAACAACACUCAAUAUUGUACCCACAUUACGUUGGAAUACAACAGGAAUCACUUUAUUCGGCCUAUCAGGUGUGACAGGUAAUGCUAGUGAUCAACUCAAGCUACCUAAAGAUGCAAUAUUGGAUUCUCCUAAUAUACUCUAUAUUGCUGAUUCUGGAAACCAUCGUAUUCAAAAAUACGUAAUAGGUGAUCUGACUGGCACGACAUUGGCGGGACAAACAAGUGGAAUAGGAGGCUCAUCAGCAAGCCAUUUGAAUUCUCCUUCAUCUGUUCUUAUCGAUUCCAAUGGUGGACUUUAUGUAGCAGAUACGAACAAUCAUCGAAUUCAAUUUUGGUCCAAUGGUGUUUCUUCAGGAAUAACAAUUGUUGGAAAUGGAACAAAUGGUUUUUUCAACAUGACCAAUCAAUUAUCCCAACCAUACGGUAUUUACCGUGAUUUAAACUCAGAUAUACUUUACAUUCCUGAUUAUGGUAAUGCUCGUGUAAUGUCCUAUGCAUCUGGUGCUUCCUCGGGUAUCGUCGUUGCAGGAGGAAAAGGGUCAGGAAGAAACAAUACACAAUUAUACAGUCCUAUUCGUGUGUACUUUGAUGCAUUGUCGAAUAGUCUUGUUAUUGCCAACCAUAACGCUCAUAAUAUUGUUCGUUGGGUUUUGGGUGAUAGUAGUUGGACGAUACUUGCUGGUAAUCUCAAUGGAACUCUGGGUAACAGUUCAACGGAACUUAGAUUUCCAUCAGACGUCACAUUCGAUCCAAUGGGUAAUAUGUACGUUGCUGAUAAGGAUAAUUAUCGCAUACAACUAUUCAUGGCUGGUCAAUCAGAAGGCAGAACUAUUGCCGGUGUUACAAGAAUCAGUGGUAAUACCUCCACUCUACUCUUUCAACCUUGGUCAGUUAAACUUGACAACCAACUAAAUUUGUAUGUAGCAGAUUCUCGAAAUCAUAGAAUACAGAAAUUUCUUCGCUAUUAA